GCCCUUAUUUUAUUAGCCACGCCUAUAAAGAAAAAGGUCUGAAAAAUGGGAGCAUUCUUUGCCAGAUUAAGAGGAGGAGGAGGUGGUUCUGAGCCUCCAGCUGGGCCCAGUCGUGUUAGUGAACAAGACAGAGCUAUCUUGCAACUUAAAAGGCAAAGAGAUGAAUUGAACAAGUAUCAAAAGAGGAUAAACACUCAAAUAGAGAGAGAGAAAGGAGUAGCAAAGAAACUAAUACAAGAUGGAAAGAAAGAUCGUGCCAAACUAUUAUUGAAGAAGAAACGUUAUUUGGAAGGACUUUUAGACAAGACCGACACUCAGAUUGAUAACCUGAUGCAGAUGGUUGAAACCCUGGAAUACACUCAAAUUGAAAUGAAAGUCGUUGAAGGAUUGAAACAAGGGAAUGAGUGCCUACAGGAAAUGCACAAGAUCAUGUCACUGGAAGAUGUUGAAAAGAUUAUGGACGAGACACAAGACGCUAUAGCGUACCAACAGGAAAUUGACGAAUUGUUGGGUCAGAAUCUCACGGGAGAAGAUGAGGAAGCCAUUGCGGCUGAACUGGAGAAUAUUUUGACGGCCGACAUUCCUGAAGUACCUGUCACUGCUGAAAUACCAGAAGUACCAACACAUGAACCAGGAGCACUCGAAGAAGAAGAGACGGAGAAAGAAAAGAAGAAGGAACAAGCGCUUGAAGUUGCUUAGGAAUUGAGCAGGAGCUGCCAUUAUUUAUAGCAGUUAUUAAUAAUUUAUUAACUCUAUAGCAGUAUUACCAUAAUGUGUGUGCUUGAUUACAUGUUUAUCUGAAUUGCUUUAUCAUCACUAUACAACAAUA